AGCUACUGAUUGUGAAAUUAAGAUGGCUAAGCUUCCUUGCAACAUUGUCAUGGUUCGCUUCUCUUUUAUCUUAGUCACAUUGAUGAUGUGUGGAGCAGUACAAGGACAAGAGGUGUGCCAUGAUGUUCUUCCAGCCCCUGGGGGUGGACAAUGCGACCCCCAAAGUUGCAAAGACAAGUGCGCCUCGAAACAUGGUGGCACAGGGCUUUGUGUUCAAGAUUUUGAAAACCUUUAUUCUUGUCAGUGUUCUUGGCCUUGCGGCAAGCGCUGAGACUUGCUAAGGAUAUGGUGGUAUAUCUAGUUCUACCCACAUUUGAAUAAUUAUUUUAAACA